AUGAAUAUCAAAACUGAUCAUAACUUACCUGAAGUUUGUAUGGAUACAUGGGCUCAGUUGUUUAAAGAGUAUUUGCCUGAAGAUAAUAUGUGUGCUGAAUCUUAUUAUGAGAUUCAGGAAUUGGUUCAUAGCCUUGGCUUACCUUCGGAGAUGAUUGAUGUGUGUAUAGACAACUGUAUGAUAUACUGGGGAGAAAAUGCAGAAUUCUUAGAGUGUAAAUUUUGCCAGAAGCCACGAUAUAAACCGCAAGGACGUGGGCGAAAUAGGGUGUCGUACCAGUGGAUGUGGUACUUACCUAUUAAGGAUAGACUGAAGAGAUUAUAUCAAUCUAAAAAGACGGCAGCAGCGAUGAGAUGGCAUGCAGAACAUACUCAGAAGGAAGGCGAGAUCAAUCAUCCCUCUGAUGCAAAAGCGUGGAAACACUUGAAUUCGGUGUACCCUGAUUUUGCAAGCAAUCCCCGUAACGUUUAUCUUGGGCUCUGCACAGAUGGCUUUAGUCCAUUUGGAAUGUCUGGAAGAUAA